UUAUCUUUAUGUAGCACAACAUCAAAACAGAAAUCAAAUAGAGGUGGUCCGGAACAAACUCUUAAAUGUACAGACAACAAAAUGGAACAACUACACCAACAAGGAACGACUGAUGGAGCCUCUGGUCGGGUGGUCAUCCGUCAAACUGGCUGGGUCUAGAGAAAGAGACAGGGUUAGAGGCACAGCAAGAGAGGGUUAGGAGAUAAAGAUGGUGGGAGAGAGGGAGACACAAUAAUAAUGACAUUAGUAAUUGACUAAUAAUAGCACCCACAGCCGCUGCUUUGCGUCAGAGGAGAAGGUCGAUCAGUGACCUUCGGACAAGGAUGCUCUGGUACAUUGAGAGGGAGACACAGCAACAAUAACAUAACAAACAGUAACAAUAACAUUAGUAAUUGACUAACAGUAGCACCCAUAACCGUGCUACUAUAAUGCCUCGUUUCCACCGAGUAGAGCGGGUCGGAUCGGAGUGGUUCGGUCCGGGUAGUUUGGCUUUUCAUUUGCCAAAAGUUGGGUAGGGUACGGUUUAAGUGCACCUAACCGCUCUGAGCCGCUCCUAAUCUCAGUACUCCUCCAUUGGGGUACUUGCCGCCUGAAAAAAAAAGGCGGACCUACACACUGCCGUCAUUUGAUUGGUCGAAAGAAUAAUUUCCGCCAUGUGUAGUCACCUCGGCAAGAGUGAAGAGAGUCUUGUGUUUUGGCGAAAAAUGUAAUCGCAGCACGACUAUUGUGUGGUGCUUUUCUUCGUCAUUAAAUUAAUCAGUUGGUUACACUGUGUCCCCCUGCUACGAUGUCACGUAGUGUUGAAGAUUAAUCGAGAUAUAAACACUUAGACUAAGGCCGAAUCUCGAUUCUUCCCCUUGCCCCUUUUGCUUUGUCUUUGUCUUUGUCUUAACCCUAGCACUUGCAAGUGUAAGGGCCAAGGGCUGAGAUCUUUCCCCUAUGAAAUGAGACGCCACUCGGUUUCGGGUACGUCACUUGGUUUCGGGUACGUCAUCAUUCAUCGUCGCCAGCUGGCUGCCCCGUCACCAGAGCGCCGAAAUGCCAAUAAAAGCCAGAGAAGAAGAGCGCCGGAAUCAAAUCACUUCGAAGAUGCCGUCUGCAAGUGCGUGCGUGUCCAUUGCGAUGUUUUUGGUUCUUUUUUUGCGAUUGUCUGCAAGAAAUCGCAGACUUCAAGCAAGGAGAAGAGGUCUACGACGCCUCCAAGUGCUGUUGGAUGAAACUUUGAUUGGUGCUCCGGCCAGAUACUGUGCCUUAAACCUGAACAUGCCUGUACUGCGCAUUUGGUUGGAUGUGGAGUCGGAGCUGAGGCAGGAUUUCCGCCUCAGCAGAACAGCAAUGCGCAGUUUACAGAGGCUUUUGCACAGGGAGCAGGACCAUGGCUGGGGUAAAGAUUUGGAAGUCCUCAUCUACACCUAUUGGCUAGCACAUGGACUCUCUUACCGGGUGGUGUCCCGUGUCUUCAACGUGCCAAAGCCUACAGUUCACCGCAUCAUCCACAGAGUGGCCCAGAACAUAUGGGACAAUCUGGGCAGAGCAAUCAGCUUUCCUCCAACAGCGAACCUGCCCGCAGUUGGUCAGGGAUUUGCUAACAUUUCGGGAACCCCUGCAUUCCACAAUGUGGUUGGAGCUAUCGACGGCAGCCACAUCCGAAUCAAACCUCCACAGCGUCACAGAUUGGACUAUUUGAAUUACAAAGGUUUUUACUCAGUAAACAUGCAGGCAAUAUGUGACUCUAAUGGGAGGUUUCUGGACAUUUAUGUGGGGUACCCGGGAUCUGUCCACGAUACACGUGUUAUGAAAAAUAGCACUUUUUAUACUGCAAGACGGUAUCCCCCAGCGGGCUACAUCCUUCUGGGUGAUGGUGGGUAUCCCUGUCUGGAAACUCCAAUUUGCCUCAUCACUCCAUUCAAGGAGCCAGUGCAAGGACAAGUACAGCAGAGGUUCAAUUACCACCAGGCAAAGGGGCGCAGCAUAAUUGAGAGGGCGUUUGGAAUGAUGAAGACCAGGUGGAGGUCGACACUUUUCAGGGCUUUAGAGGUGAAGCCCACAUUUGCACCACAGGUCAUCGCUUCAUGUGCCUUUUUGCACAAUGUGUGUAUGGACAAUGGUGACACUCUGGUUCCAGAUGAGGACAUUUUAGGAGAUCGGCACGACCCCCAACCUCCCCGUGAACCCAUGGCAUACAACGAAACCUCUGGGAAUGAUGUCAGAAACAGACUGGCUGCCCAAGUUUCAGGCAAUGCACAAGCCCCAUGAUGAUGACAAUUGUCAUAUGUAUAUAUGUAUAUAUUUUACAUUUCUUUUGUGUUCACGUUGGUGGUGGUGGUGGUUGUUUUUUACAUGAGUGUAGAUGUUAUCUGUAUAAGUCUGAUUGCAAUAAAUCAUUUCAUACACAGUGCAUAGUGUUUUGUGUAUCUGUUUGUCACCAGUCAUCUGUUUUGAAUGGCAUUAAUGUUCAGAAACACUUUGUAAACAAAAUUAUUUUUAAAUAAAAUUAACAUAAACAUAACACAAAAAAUAUAUAUGUACAACAAUAACGACUGAACUGCAAAAAAUGAACAAAUGAACAAACAACCAAAAUAACCCCUACAUUUUGUCAACCAUUUUUUCGAAAAGACUCAAGAGACGGUCUGUUUUCUCCUGACUUUAUGUGUGCCGUCUUUUCUCCUCUUCGUUUCGCCUCUCCUCUUUUGCUGAUUCCUCUACUAGGAAUUCCAGUACUGGAUUGUUGUUGU